AUGUCGGACAACUCCACUGACUUGAACAACGACACGCUGCCGGCGACUGCGGUCACACAGUAUAAUUUCCCUGCGCUCGUGUUCGGGAUUUUGCUGAUUGUGAUCAUCACCGGGGGGAACGUGCUCGUGUGCCUCAGCGUGUACUUGGAGAAGGCUUUGAAGACGACGACAAACUACUUCAUAGUCAGUUUGGCGUUUGCGGACCUGCUGCUGGCGGUGCUGGUUCUGCCGCUCUUCGUUUACGCAGAGUUUCAGGGUGGAGUUUGGUCUUUGAACAUGCUGAUGUGUGACGGCCUGAUGACCAUGGAUGUGAUGUUGUGUACCGCAUCCAUAUUCAACCUCUGUGCCAUCAGUGUGGACAGGUUUAUCGCAGUGUCCAUACCUCUGAAUUAUAACCGUAAGCAUGUGGACCAUCGUCAGCUCAUCCUGCUGUCGGCCACCUGGCUGCUGGCCCUGGCCGUGGCCUCACCUGUCAUCUUUGGCAUCAACAACGUGCCUAACCGUGACCCCACCGAGUGCAAACUGGAGGACAACAACUAUGUCGUUUAUUCGUCCGUUUGCUCCUUCUUCAUCCCCUGCCCCAUCAUGGUCCUGCUCUACUUCGGUGUUUUCCGCGGGCUGCAGCGCUGGGAGGAGACCCGGAAAGCCAAACUACGCAGCAGCAUCGAGGCCUGCAGGAAGCUGCAGCACGCCGCCGUCGCCACCGCCCUCCCCCCGCUGGCGGGCACCAUCCCGGGCCCUCUGCCCAUGCCUCUGCCCAGGAUCAUCGAGAGGGACUUGGCCCAGUCUCGGCUGGACGACACGGACGACUACAUGCAGCAGGAGAUUCCUUAUCCCCGGCAGUACAGAGAGAACUCUGUGCCCACAGUGACGUUCAACCAACAACUGCAGAAGAAGAAGAGAGCCAAGAUCAACAGCAGGGAGCGGAAAGCUAUGCGGGUGCUACCUGUCGUAGUAGGCUGCUUCCUGUUCUGCUGGACGCCGUUCUUCGUCGUCCACACGACGCGAGCCGUGUGUUUAACGUGCGACAUCCCUCCCGGUCUGAUGAGCACCGUCACCUGGCUGGGCUACGUCAACAGCGCUCUCAACCCCAUCAUCUACACCAUCUUCAACACCGAGUUCAAGAAGUUCUUCAAGAAGUGUUUCCGCAGCUGCUGCUGA